UGUCAAAAGUGGACAUGAGCCUGACCCUCUUCGAAGACACCGACCACGCCCAGCACGCUUCCCUCCCAAUCAUGAUCUCCCCGGCCGGCGUCCAUUGCCUCAUGCACCCCGACGGUGAAAUCGCCACGGUCAGAGCCGCG